CCACAUGUUAUAAUAAUAAGCCAACCACCUUCAGUCACCCCCAAACCAAACCCACGAGCAAGUAACCUCCAAUCUCAGGCCUACAUUUCAUGCAAAACCACCACCUCUGCUACUGCUAGGGUUUACUGUCAAUCGCCAUGGCUUUUCAAGGCAAGAAGCUCAUCAACGAUCCCAACGAUGUGGUAACUGAGUUCAUCGAGGGACUUGUGGAAACUUAUCCUGGGCUGCAGUACUUAGAUGGUUUUCCAGAGGUGAAGGUUGUAUUACGUGCUGAUGUUUCAAGUGCAGCAUAUGAUAAAGUUGCAAUCAUAUCAGGAGGUGGAAGUGGGCAUGAGCCUGCACAUGCUGGAUAUGUUGGGGAGGGGAUGCUGACAGCAGCUAUUUGCGGGGAUGUUUUUGCCUCUCCACCAGUAGAUUCAAUUCUUGCCGGCAUCCGUGCUGUAACUGGUUCUAUGGGAUGUCUUCUGAUUGUCAAGAAUUAUACUGGUGAUCGUUUAAAUUUUGGUUUGGCUGCUGAGCAAGCAAAAUCUGAAGGUUAUAAAGUGGAGACCGUGAUUGUUGGGGAUGAUUGUGCUUUACCUCCACCUCGAGGCAUAGCUGGACGAAGAGGAUUGGCUGGGACUAUUCUUGUUCAUAAGGUUGCUGGAGCUGCUGCUGCUGCUGGCCUUUCACUUGCUGAUGUUGCUGCAGAAGCAAAAUGUGCAUCAGAAAUGGUUGGAACAAUGGGUGUUGCGCUAUCUGUUUGCACACUGCCUGGACAGGUUACAUCAGAUCGUUUAGGUCCAGGAAAAAUGGAACUCGGCCUUGGAAUUCAUGGUGAACCUGGUGCUGCAAUGGCUGACAUUCAGCCUGUGGAUGUGGUGGUUUCUCAUGUUCUUAAUCAGAUACUCUCACCGGAAACAAACUAUGUUCCUAUUACACGAGGCAAUAGAGUGGUGCUGAUGAUCAAUGGGUUAGGAGCCACCCCUAUAAUGGAAUUAAUGAUUGCAUCGGGAAAAGCAGUGCCAAAACUGCAGCUAGAACAUGGACUGGCAGUUGAUAGAGUGUAUACAGGGUCAUUUAUGACAUCUCUUGAUAUGGCAGGCUUUUCAAUUUCCAUCAUGAAGGCAGAUGAAACAAUUUUGCAACGUCUGGAUGCUGCAACCAAGGCUCCAUACUGGCCUGUUGGUGUUGAUGGUAAUCAUCCACCUGCCAAGAUUCCUGUUCCAAUGCCACCAUCUCAUUCUACAAAGAGUGAUGAGUCAUUAAGCCGACCGCCACAACUGAAUCAACAAGGACAUAUUCUUGAGGUGGCUAUUGAAGCAGCUGCAAAUGCAAUUAUUAAUCUUAGGGACAGUCUUAAUGAAUGGGAUAGCAAAGUAGGAGAUGGUGACUGUGGGUCAACAAUGUACAGAGGUGCAACAGCAAUUCUGGAGGACAUCAGAAAUUAUCCUCUGAAUGAUGCUGCAGAAACAGUGAAUGAAAUUGGAUCAUCUAUUAGAAGAAUUAUGGGAGGAACUAGUGGGAUCAUAUAUAAUAUAUUUUGCAAGGCAGCAUAUGCACAGUUGAAAGCAAGCUCUCAGCCAGUUGUCACGGCAAAACAAUGGGCUGAAGCACUUGAAGCUUCCAUUACUGCAAUCAGUAAAUAUGGUGGAGCUAGUGCUGGUUAUCGCACAUUGUUAGAUGCCCUUAUUCCAGCAUCAGCAAUGCUUCAGGAGAGGUUAAAUGCUGGGGAUGAUCCCUGUGUUGCUUUUGUCCUCUCAUCUGAGGCAGCAUUGGCUGGAGCUGAGUCAACCAAGCACAUGCAGGCACAGGCUGGUCGUUCGACAUAUGUUGCUGGGGAGAUCCUUGCAUCAGUAUCAGAUCCUGGUGCAAUGGCUGCAGCUUCAUGGUACAGAGCAGCAGCUUUGGCUGUUGAGGAUAAAUCCGGGGCUUCUUCAUGAGCCAGUGAAUCUUACUCAUGCAAUUCCUGCUCCUAUUUUGCUGCAGAUUUAACCAAAGUUUUGUUCAUGAUUUUAAGAAGGUCUAACUGGUUAGGCUCUCCGCUUAUUCUUUUUGUGCAUAAAGCCGAGAGAGUGAAUUUCACCCAUACAUCUCUUAAAACUUUCUUUUGAAAUUUGUAAAUUUCAAAUAUUGGUGACAUCUAUUCUAAAUAAUACCCAUUGAAAUCUGAGCAUAUUUUGUAAUUUCCAUGGUUCGAAAAUGUGACCUUUAACGGUCCAUGUCAGAUUUAUAUACAUUAAACCCUGAAUUAUGUAUUUAGCUUGUCUGCUAUGGGGUUUCAGUUA